AAGUUUUAAAUCAUGAAGAUAAAAUCCAUGCAGGUAGAGUUUGAUCAUCAAGAUCGAGUUUACUUGGUAGGAAGUACACUACAAGGUGUUGUUAAAGUAAGCUUUGAGAAACCAACGAAACUGCAAACUAUUGUGGUGCACAUCAAAGGUAAAGGUAAGACAAACUGGGACAAGGAUGACUUAAGUCAUGAUGACAUAAAUUAUAGUGCAAAAGAAUACUACAUUGAUGAAACAAUCAAAUUAUUUGGAGAAGAUACAGGCGAGUCGGUGAAACAUCCACAAGGAGACUUUUCUUAUCCAUUUUCGGUUCAGCUUGGUACAGAUAUGCCUUGUUCUUAUGAAGGAAAACGUGGCUAUGUCAGAUACUGUUGUGAAGCAUUUAUUACACGACCAUGGAAGUUUAAUGAAGGGUUCAGAGAACCAUUCACUGUUAUACGUCACCUAGACUGCAAUGAAUAUGCUGAUGCAUUGAAUCCUAUUGUGGAUAGUAUUGAUCAGAAAGUUGAAGGAUUAUGUUGUUGCAAGUGUAGCGAGGAGGGAUCUAUGACGGUCAAGCUCCAUAUCAACAAAACAGCCUUUGUACCUGGGGAACCUUUGAUUUAUGAAUUCUCUGUUGACAACAGGAGUGAAAAUGUGAUAAAAAAAAUUGAUUUUAUAUUACGUCAGAAUGCCACCUUUGCUGGAUAUUCCGACCGCAUAUUCUCAUCUGGUAAACCUCACUUUCACACAAAGAAAGCCAGUUUUAAAUUGUUUAAUGAAAAAGUUGAAAUACCAGUUAAUCAAUGUAAAACAUUCAAAGGUGCUGCUACAAUACCAGCUAUUCCGCCAACUGGAUUAAAAGGUUGUAAUAUCAUUGAAAUCGACUAUAAUGUGAUUCUCUUUGUUGACAACAGUUUUACUCCGGUAAAGUUUAAAAAGGAAGUGUUUAUAGGGACCAUUCCAACAACUGGGGAGUAUCAGACUCCAGCACCUUACACUACAGAUGAUAAAGCAUUAUCUUCUAACGAUAUUGGGUUGUCUCUUCAGCCAUCUGCACCUCAGGGAUUGCCGCCAUCCUAUGCGGAAUGUGUUUUUGGGAAGGUUGAUCUAAAAGAAGAUGAUGACAAACACACAACAUCGUACACUAACUGGGCCCCUGCUUAUACGUACUAUGAUUGGAGCAAGACAACAAAUUAUGGAGGCUUGACACCAUCAACAGUCACUCCAGCUGCAGAUUCAUACAACAACAUUUAAUCUUGAGUAUGGUUGGACAAUGAACAAGUUGAUAUAUGUGCUAAAGUAUAUAUUUUAUAUCAAUAAUAAACAGAUAACUGUUUCCUUUAGUUGACAAACUGAAAUUUCCUCAGGUAUAAAAUAAUUAUUGAAGCAUUAUUUGCAUGUGAUUGAAUUUAAGAAUUUCAUUUGUCAACAGGACAGAAACAUAACAGUUUGUAUAUGGAUAAUUCUUUAUCUGCAUUGCAAGGGCUGAAUAAAAAGUGAGCAAUAUGUUGGCUUUGUUUUAAUCUUUAAAUUUAGAUUUUUCUAAAUAUUCUAUCUACAGAAUUUGUUUCAAAAAGUUUUCUUAUUGCUAUAACAUAUAUAUUUAAAUUAUUUGAAAAUAUGGGGAUCACUGUCUAAAUUGUAGAAAUUUUAGUAAUGUAUGGAAAACUUGUUUAUUCUAUAUAUCAAAUGAUGUUUUUAGAUGACAAAAAAGUCUGAGAGCAUUUUACAACAAACAAGGGCAUUCAGUGAUCAUUAUAUAUGUUCAUAUGUUUGUUUGUCUUUUCAUUGAUUGUUUGUACAUCCAUUUGUAAACCCAUUUCAACUUGUAUCUACCAGUCCUUCUAAUUCAAUGACUUGAAACAGUAUGAGUAUUCCUUUUCUUUGCAAAUCAAGGAACUCAGAUUUUAAUUUUUUAGCUCUGUUUAAAGUUUUUCUAUUUAAUUUUAGUUCUUUAUUGAGAACAUUUUAUCACUUGCCUAUUGACCCUUAGGUUGUGAGUUCGAACCCUGCUCCUUUCUUAAUCUUAAUUGACUAGGAUUGUUAGUUUUCCUACCGUAGGUCAGUGGUUCUUUCAGGUUUUAAUUUGUUAUCUCUGCUUAGAGUAUUUCUAUUUAAUUUUUGUUUUGUAUUGAGAAAAUGUCAUCACUUUCGGGCCAAUACUCAGGUUGUGAGUUUGAACCUCUCAUGUGGCAGGUUCAUUUGGAUCCAAUCUUAAUUAACUAGCUAGUAUUUUUAGUUUUCCUACCCUAGGUCAAUGGUUCUUUCAGGUUUUCAUUUGUUAUCUCUGCUAAGAGUUUUUGAAAAAAUAUCCUAAAUAUAUAUAUGCUUUUGACCAUUGGGAAGUCCUAAAAAGGUUGUCAGACGUCAGAGCGAUCUCUGACCAAUAAUAAACAAGCAGUUUUGCCAGAAAGCAUAUACUUGAUAAUGAUGAAUUUGCAUGCUAUGUAAGAAUUAUACAGAUUUUUCUUGUUAUAGUUAUGUUGAUACUUAUUUUAAUUUGUACAUAUGUGUGAUUGUUGAUAUUCUUUAUUGUUAUUUAAUAUAUAUACACAACUAAGUGCUUUUAAUGAUGUUUACAACUUUUAUAUUAUUGUUUUUUUCUAAGGUGCUAUAUAGAUGACACUUCUUUACAGAAGUUACUCGAAAUGGUAUUAUAUUUCUUUUUAAAUAUUUGUUAACAUUUUAAAUUGGAUGCAGAUAAGAAAAAAUUGCAAGGCAACAACAUAUGUUUUUUUAUCUUAUUUUUGAAAAUAUGUAUUAGUGCAGCAUUGUGUAGGUCAUAUGUAGAUAUUAGGAGGAAUACACUGAUAUUUAGAAUAAUUAUUCAAGGUGGGAAGGUGAACAACAUCUGGAACAAACAAAAUAAAAAAUAUUCAUGAAGGAGUUAAAUUCAAAACUUUUUCUUCAAUUCA